CACACUUGAGAGAGAAAAAGAGCGAAAGAGUGACAGUGUUCUUCAAGCAUAACAUAGUGAGCGAAACUUGUACGUAGGCUGCAAUAAUGAAGACUGUCUGUGUAACAGGUGCAUCGGGUUUUAUUGCCUCUUGGAUCGUCAAAUUCUUGCUCGAGAGGGGUUAUACGGUCAAGGCAUCUGUACGCGACCCAAGUGACCCGAAGAAGACAGAGCACUUGAUGAGCCUUGAAGGAGCCAAAGAGAGACUUCACUUGAUCAAAGCCAACUUAAUGGAAGAAGGGUCUUUUGAUUCCAUAGUCCAAGGUUGUGACGGCGUUUUCCACACUGCAUCGCCAUUUUACCACGCUGUUAAAGACCCACAGGCGGAGCUGAUUGAUCCAGCACUGAAGGGGACGCUAAACGUUCUCCGAUCAGUGGCCAAAUCCCCAUCAGUUAAAAGAGUAGUGGUGACGUCAUCUAUAGCUUCGGUUGCAUACAAUGAUACACCACGUGGUCCCGAAACUGUUAUCGACGAGACUUGGUGGUCGGACCCUGAAUGGUGCACAAAAGCCAAGAAAUGGUAUGUGCUUUCGAAGACGGUGGCGGAAGAGGCCGCAUGGAAGUUUGCUAAGGAGAAAGACAUUGAUUUGGUGACCAUAUGUCCACCUAUGGUCAUUGGUCCCCUCUUGCAGCCAACUCUCAAUACAAGUUGUGAAGCAAUCCUCAACCUUGCUAAUGGUGCUGAGACAUACCCAAAUUCUACAUAUGGGUGGGUAAAUGUGAAGGAUGUUGCAAUGGCACAUAUUCUUGCUUUUGAGAAUCCUUCAGCAAACGGAAGGUACCUUACAGUCGAGAGGGUUGCGCACUACUCAGAAAUCGUCGAGAUCAUGCGUGAAAUCUAUCCUGAACUUCCAAUUCCCACCAAGUGUGCCGAUGACAAGCCAUUUGCAACUAAGUACUUAGUCUCAAAGGAAAGAGCAAAAUCUCUGGGGAUAGAGUUCAUUCCAGUUGACCAAGGACUCAAAGAGACUGUUGAGAGCCUGAAAAAGACAAACUACUUCAAAGCCGCUUCACUUAAUUGAGAGACUGACUUAUGAAGCUUUGUGGAAGUUGUUAUCAAUUAUUUGUAUUUAUAUUUGUUGUGGUGUCAGCAAUAUUUGUAACUUUGUUGCUGACUAUGGUAGAAUUGAUCAGCAAUAUGUGUGCACCAUCCCCCCAGGCUGCUCCCUAUAUUUGCAGUCAAAUAAAGAUCUGGACACCUUUUGUUUUUAAUGUAUUGAAUGAUAAAUUUUUGUGGUGUUUAUCGAUUGGUGUCAUUAAUUUGGAGUUAUAUAUUGGCUGAAUGUUAUUUUAUUAUCAAUUACAUAUAUUUAAACAUUUUGUUGUACGAUAGUUAAUAUUAAAUUUGAAUAAAUUUUGUUCUCUUCC